AUGUGUUUCGGCGGCAGCAGCAAAGAUGAUGCCGGUGCGCAAAAGAGCAAGGAAAUCGAGCGCCAGCUCAAGGACGACCAACGCAAACUGGCCAAGGAGGUCAAGCUGUUGUUGCUUGGAGCGGGCGAGUCGGGCAAAUCAACUGUCCUCAAGCAGAUGCGCUUAAUCCACUCCAAGGGUUUCACACCAGCGGAGCGGAACCAAUGGAAGGUCACCAUCUUCCAGAAUCUUUUGCAGUCGUUCCAGACGAUCUCGGGCGCGAUGGAGGAACAGGAGGUGGAAUUUGAGGACAAGAAGAAUCUCCGUUUCGCCGAGCUUAUCUUUUCCGAUCCUGAUAUUGGACCGAACGAGCCAAUGCCAAUCGAUUGCCUGAACGCCUUCAGAAGUCUCUGGAAUGACACAGGUGUGCAGGCGGCAAUCAGCAAAGGCAACAAAUACGCGCUCCACGACAAUCUCUCAUAUUUCUUCACUAACAUCGAGCGAUUGUUUGCCAAAGACUACAUACCAAGCGACCAAGAUAUUCUUAGGGCACGACUUCGAACGACGGGUAUAACAGAGACCAUCUUUGAGACUGGCCCGCUUACUUACCGUAUGUUCGAUGUCGGAGGACAAAGGUCAGAACGUAAGAAGUGGAUUCGUGUCUUUGACGGAGUCAAUGUCGUGCUCUUUCUGGUCGCGCUCAGCGGCUACGAUCACGUGCUGGUAGAAGAUCGGAAUGGAAAUCAAAUGCAAGAAGCUCUCAUGCUAUUUGAGAGCAUCGCAAACAGCGUCUAUUUCCAGAGAUCGGCUCUUAUUCUCUUCCUCAACAAAAAGGACAUUUUCCGCGAGAAAAUCAUGUCCGGGCGGUCGCCCAUUCAGGAGCACUUCCCAGAUUACUCUGGGCAGCCUUCCGAUGUUGAGGCAGGCCAAGAGUUCUUCAGCCGCAAAUUCAAGAACCUCGUCCGGGAUCCCGACAAGAUUGCAUAUGUCCACUUCACCAACGCCACAGACACGAAUUUAUUAGAAAACACGAUGCGCAACGUACAGGACAUGAUUGUCCAACGUAAUUUGAACAAUCUCAUGCUGUGA